UGUGGACAACAGAAGAACAGAUGACUACACAAAUAAUGGAGGAGAAGCUACCCUAGCAUGCCUCUUAUAAGUUAGGAAAACAGGUUUUAAAUUAGCUCACCUUCGCAUUUAUUUUCCUGGCUGCAAAGCGUAGCUGGGAUGCUGUGUCAGAAUGGGGAAUCUUUUUGGAAAAAAGAAACAAACCCGAGUGACAGAACAAGACAAAGCGGUGUUGCAACUGAAGCAGCAGAGAGACAAGCUGCGGCAGUAUCAGAAGAGGAUCAACCUGCGGCUGGAGAAGGAGAGACUUCUGGCCAAGCAGCUGCUGAAGGAUGGCAAAAGAGAUAAAGCGCUCCUCUUGCUGAAAAAGAAGCGCUACCAGGACCAGCUUCUAGACAAGACGGAGAACCAGAUCGGAAACCUGGAGCGCCUGGUUCAAGACAUCGAGUUCGCCCAGGUUGAAACAAAGGUCAUCCAGGGGCUGAAGAUUGGAAAUGAGUGUCUGAAGAAAAUGCACGAGGUGAUGUCCGUUGAAGAGGUCGAGCGGAUUAUGGAUGAAACCCAAGACGCCAUAGAGUACCAGAGGCAAAUAGACGACAUGCUGGCGGGCUCCUUCACUCAGGAGGAUGAAGACGCUGUGCUGGCUGAGCUGGAGGCCAUCACUCAGGGAGACGUGGAGCUGCCUGAGGUUCCUGAACACGAGCUUCCAGAAGUCCCCGAGGCCACAGAGGAGAAACCAGAGCGGGAUGGUCCCAGGAAGAAUCCGGAGAGAGAGAUGCUCGCUGCGUAGGAGCUCCUCCACAACACUCCUCCACCCCCCUACAGACACACACACAUCAGCUGCAGAGGCCUGUGGUGAAGUGAUCAGCCUCUCUCAGAGACUGCUCCUCCUCCAUAUCGUCACCCGAUCUCCGUUUGUCCUCGCUGCCCCGCGUCCACACCGGCAGCCGGGACCGCAUCACUGGAGGAAAGCUGAUUUGAAUCCUAAAGACCUGUGGAAUCAGAUAACUGUGCCUAACCUUUGUUAUAUCGCCACUAAAUCAUUUGAAAUACAUCGACUUCCCUUAAUGCAUGUCAUUGUGAAUCAUUACAUCAUCUCUUAGUAUAUAAAGGCUAUUUACAGAAAGACUUUGAGAUUCCUGCAUCUUUUCAGUAAAAUGAAGGUGAGCGGAAUAUCGUUUGAUCUCAAGGAAUUGUAAAAAUGACUUAAAACAAAUCAGCAGAAACAUUUUUCCAAAACCACAAUGUCCAGAUGACACGGGAUGUUUCACAUCAGAGCGUGCUGUGAACUGAUUUCAGUGGGACUACUUUCUGUCAAAAAACACUCUGUAAAAUCAAAUGCAAAUUAAACUUUUUCUGUCUUUUAUAUCAUACAUAUCUGCUCAUUUUAAGACAAAUGUGGAAACCAAAAGGAAGCAUUGUAUAUUCAAUUGUUUUGGUUUCAUGAUGACACUCCCUUUCUCUGCAUACAUGUAUCUGAAUACUUUUAGUUCUCAGUCUACAUAGAUGGAAAACUUUACCCAAAGACCUGAUUUCUCUUGCUUUUAUUGAUAAGAAAUAUUUUGUAAGUGCAAAAAGACAAUGUGAUAUAUGUUGGAUGGAAGAAAAACAGAAGGACUGAAUGCAAUAUACAAAACAACUGUUCUUGUAAUUGUAUAAAACUGACCUUUUGACAAAGGAUUAAUACAAAAGCCCUGCUCUGUAGUCUUUG